UACCCACCCAGAACAUCUCUACUUCACCCACCAUUCUGGUUCAGGCCCCCUCCCUUUGCUGCCCUUCCUGGCCGGUCCAGUAAGCCUCCUCCUCCUGCUCCUCCUCCUCUUCUUUCCAGCUACCUCUGCCCCUCCCUCAGCCUUUCUCUUACCCUCAUUUUUUCGUGAUCUUUUUCCCUCAAUUUUUCCUUUUUCCUCUUCUCUCUCCCUCCUCCCCUCACCCUUUCACUCUCUCCUUCUCCCUCCCCAUUCCAGAUUUCCGGUUCCUUUCUUGGGGCCAGGAGGAAAGACUCUUCGUCAUUUUUUUCGGCUGUCCCGAGUCUAUCACUCUUCUGCCUAGCCCCCAGCCCCUCUGCAGAGAUGCUGAGUGCCAGAGACAAGCCUCCAGAAGAGAGGGGAGCUGUGGGGCUUCAGGGCUUCGCCAUUGACAAGAGCUUUCUCACCAACCCCAAAGGCAUCCUUCUGGAAGUCGAGCUGGACUUCCUUCGAUGUGUCAGUGCUGUCGUCAUCCUCCUCGUCGUGUCCUUCGCUGCUGUGGUCUCUCGGGAGGGACCUGCCAUUGCUGCUUUUGUUUUUGGUGUUAUCGUUGUUUUUGUCUUUAUCUAUGAUGCCUUCAAGAUCUACCAGGCAGAGAUGGCACCCAGCCCCACCCCUGGGGACCAAUAGUGAUUGAAUCCCAGAAGUUCUGGUUUCUAUCGUGAAUCCUAUAGUUCUUAAAAGCCUCAGAAACCUGUUGGAUCUCCAGGGGCCCACCCAGCCUGAGGAGAAAUGAGCAGGGGGACAACUCUCCUGCUCCUUGAGGCUCCCCCCAAGGCCAGGAAGCACACAGAGUCUUGAAUGUGUAUUCAGCCAGCUCUCCAGCAGUAAGACCCAGGUGACCACUGGACCAAAGAGGCAGACUGAUGCUGGCGAUUGGGUGGGAAAGGAAGGAAGAGAGGAGACAAGUUGGGGAAGGGGUUGGGUCUGGCUAAACCCGGGUCUCAAAGACUGUUCACAAAUUAAAGGUGUCAAAUCCUGGGUCUGAGUCUGUCUCUUUCCCAGUAAGUUAGGUAAGUUCUGAAUGUAGAGGCGUUUUUUUCUUGAAAGACUGUGUGUGUUUG